AUGCGCACGGAGAACAGCGCCCGCCCUCCUCCGUGCAGACGGUGCGUGUGCCUCCGGGAGCGUGUCUGUCUGUCUGUCCGUCCGUCUGUCCGUCCGUCCGUCCGCGCGCGUGUGUCCGUCCGUCCGUCUGUACCUAUAUGCGAGGAGCUGCCGCUGCCCCUGGAGCACUUCCUGCAGAGGAUGGCCCGGAGACCCCGGCCCCAGCAGUUCUUCGGCCUCAUGGGCAAGCGGGAUGCCGGAUACGGCCAGAUCUCUCACAAAAGAUCCUCUGAAAGGAGCAUAGCACAGAAUUACGAACGGAGGCGUAAAUGA